GGAGCCCCCAGCCUCCCCUCAGAGGAGAGAAUGGCUCACUAUUGAGCUCUUGGUUGGUAUUUCUGAGUGAGCUUGAACAUGCCAACUGUAAAGCUCACUUAUGAAGUCUCUCGCUGUGGCCAGGGAGCUCCCAGGAUGGUGACAGGCACAUUGAAGUGUUUUCUGUCUUGUUCUUUUAUCAUGAAUAAUGUAUAGUGUUUCCCCAGAUGUGUUCCAUGGCGUGUGUGGUUCUGCAGGACAUUGAUGAGUAUUAGGCGUGGAUCUAAUACAGACUAACUCUUUCUCACACAACAGCUCAGAAGACUGGCACUCCCCGCAGCUCACUUUGGGAGAGUCUCACCUAGCAAACAGCACAGAGCCUAGCACAGCGUGCUGUGCCCGAGCAGGACACUGGGCCCUAAAAUAAAAUUGGUCCAGAAAGUUUGCUUGGUGAAGACUUAUCAGGAGGAUUGCAGGGUCACUGAAACGGACUUAGGACCGUCCUAAUGCUUUCUACCUGCUUCCGCUUUUAAUUUGUCUCCGUCUAGGGCAGUGUGCUUCAGACAGGUUUGAGACCCAUUACUGAAUUGUGAAAUCUCCAUCACAAAUAGCACUUUUUAUUUCCUAAAUUAUUUUGAGAUCAUUGUAGAUUCACAUACAGUUGUGAGAAAUAAUACAGAUCCUGUAUACUCUUCACCCACUUUCCCCCAGGGUGAAAAUCUGCCAUAGCUGUAGUACGGUGUCACAACCAGGAAAUCGACGUCCACACAGUCUUGGCCUUGCUCAGAUGUCGCCAGUUUCAUGUGCACUCGUCUGUGUGUGUGUGUUGUGUAUUUCUGCGCAUUUUAAUCACGUGUAACUUCAUCGCCAGCAUUUUUGAAGAGUGUAGACUAGAUCGGUCGGAGUGCAUCACAGCUAGUAAGGAGUGGAGGCACCGUGCUCUCACCGGCCAGGACACCGGACGUCUUCAGAAGCCCUGCAGGGCUGGCUGCAGCAACUCCCUGAAACUCAGAGGAAGCGCCCAGGCUGGGCAGCAAGACCUGGCUCGAACAGCCAUGCAUGCCGGCUGCUGCUCCAGGCUUCCCCUGCCCCCAGGCCCAAGAUGACACCCAACGGCACCAGGGAGGCGCCCAGCCCCAUUCCUGUGGGGGCCCUGGGGCUCUUCCUGGCCCUGGCAAGUCUCAUCGUUGCUGCCAACCUGCUCCUGGCCCUGGGCAUCGCCAAGGACCGCCGCCUGCGCAGCCCGCCAGCUGGCUGCUUCUUCCUGAGCCUGCUGCUGGCCGGGCUGCUCACGGGGCUGGCGCUGCCCACACUGCCAGGCCUGUGGAGCCAGAGCCGCCGCGGCUACUGGUCCUGCCUAUUCCUCUACUUGGCUCCCAACUUCUCCUUCCUCUCCCUGCUCGCCAACCUCCUGCUGGUGCACGGGGAGCGCUACAUGGCGGUGCUGCGGCCUCUCCGGCCCCGCGGGAGCCCUCGGCUAGCCCUGCUCCUCACCUGGGCCAGCCCUCUGCUCGUUGCCAGCCUGCCAGCUCUGGGGUGGAACCACUGGGCCCCUGGGGCCAACUGCAGCUCCCAGGCUGUCUUCCCAGCCCCCUACCUCUACCUCGAAGUCUACGGGCUCCUACUGCCCGCCGUGGGGGCAGUGGUCCUGCUCUCCGCCCGCGUGUUGCUCACGGCCCACCACCAGCUGCAGGACAUCCGCCGGCUGGAGCGGGCAGUGUGUCGCGGAGCACCCUCAGCCCUGGCCCGGGCCCUGACCUGGAGGCAGGCGAGGGCGCAGGCCGGAGCCACACUGCUCUUCGGGCUGUGCUGGGGCCCCUACGUGGCCACCCAGCUCCUCUCAGUCCUGGCCUUUGAGCACCGCCCACCACUGGGGGCUGGAACUCUGCUGUCCCUCAUCUCACUGGGCAGCGCCAGUGCGGCAGCCGUGCCUGUGGCCAUGGGGCUGGGGGACCAGCGCUACACGGCCCCCUGGAGGGCAGCCGCCCGAAGGUGGCUGCGGGCCCUGCAGGGAAGAGUGUCCGGGGACAGUCCUGGCCCCGCCACUGCCUACCACACCAGCAGCCAAAGCAGCGUGGAACCUAACCUGAACUAGCCGAGGGUCUCUGCUCACUCCUGGAAGCCUCCAUCCAUCUUGGCCACCAAGCCUGUCCAGGCCUCUGGAUCAGAGGUCCUACCCCUACCUGACCCCACCCUGGCCGAAUAAAGCUCCUCUGACAGAGGAAGGGCUGUCUCUUUCCGUAACUCAGAAAGGCAGAGGCAGGUGGAACAGCUGUGGAAAGAACCCAAAAGAGCCAUGUUUCAGGAAAAUUCCAACUGCAGACAGGCAAGAGAUUGGA